UUUCCCUCGCAGAAAAAAAAAAGUUGGAAGGCUCACAGAUCAAUACGGCUCACGACAAAGAUUACAACAUUGAACUACAUAUUCGACCAAUAUGUCGGCCAUCGGAUCCCUUGUUUUCUGCACUGAUUGUGGCUCCUUGCUGGAUGGCUCAAUUGGAGAUCCGAGCAAGAUUCUGAUCUGCGAUAUCUGCGGAGCUAAGAACAAAGACACUGUUCCUCAAACUAUCGUGUCCGAAUCCAAGCCCAGUGCUUUCCCCUCAUCUCUCCGGGCAAAGCGAUCUGCUGUUCAGACUUUGACUGCAGAGGACAGAAAGACGGAAGCCCUUGCCCAGCACACAUGCGCCCAGUGUGGUAGAAAGGAGAUGUACUUCACGACAGUACAAUUGCGCAGUGCCGAUGAAGGAAGUACAGUCUUCUACACGUGUGUUUGUGGUUACAAGGAGACGACAAACAACUAAAAAGCAAAAAAUCAUGACGUCUAUUUUUUGGCCCUUAUUUGUACAUCUAUGAGGCACGAAAGCAACUAUUUACCGACACUGUAAUAUCAUUGUUCGCAUAAUUCAUCAAAUCAAGCAGACACCGCAGCAGGGGCAGCCGAAUCUGGCACCAGGGCGUAUUCGACUUCUCCGCUCUUCUCGAAUUCCGCCAUAUCAAGCGCCACGAUGAUGCUGUCUCUCACCACCUGCUCCGGAUCGUUCAAGAACUUCUUCAAUGU